UGUGGUUGGCCAGUACACUACAAGUAUUACUAGUGUAAGCGACGCUCCAGUUACGAGUGAGAUAUUCUUCGUCAAUUCUUUCCCUCCAAAAAUCGACUUAAGUAGAUAGUGUGAUGAGGAUGUGGUGUUGUAGGAUGACUCGUGUGCUGAUGCUGGUGACAAGCUUCUACCUCGCCCAGGGUAUCCGCGUCGACGAUAAGGAAGGCUUCACUCUGUGCAACGUGCCGCAACUGGCCCAGCUAAAUUCCGUGGAGGUGAGGGAGUGCACCAAAUGGCCCUGUCUUGCCCGUGCUGGACGCUCAGGCACCUACCAGAUCACCCUCACCCAACAAACUAACGAAGACUUGUACAACAUCAAGAGCGACAUCUACGCCUGGGUGAGACUCCCCUUCAUUAACGCGAACAAUAAGCCUGUGAGAGUCUCUAUGCCCGGGGAGAAGAAGAAGCCGCUGUGUCGCUUUACUGACACUGGCUGCCCUCUAGCGCCAGGAGUCCCAACUACCAUCAGGAAAUCUAUCACCAUCCCCAUCCAGGCUCGUAUGGCUCAGGGCAACGUCGUGGUGGAGUUCCGGGUGACAGAUGACAACGAGAGGGUCCUUACCUGCUUCCGCGCCCCCGUCAUCGUAGCCUGAGUCCUCCCAUCUCUUGACUCACCCUCCCCACCUUCCUUCAGACGUCCCACAGGAUCCCCAAGAAACAUGAUGGAUCUUGUCUUAGUUUGAAUGCUGAAGGAUGUAAUGGUGUCCUGAAGAAUCCUGAUGACAUUUAUCUGUUCCAAAACCGCCAUAGACUCUUAUACUGAAAAGGACGAUUUCAGGAGCCGUAUAGGAGUCUUAUGUACUAAAGAGUCCUGUCAACGCCCCCCACGUCCUACGAGACUCAAAUAGCCUUAGAUCCACUCAACAGAUGCCCUUACUAUACCAAUUGUCCCUUACACGACCCCCACCUACCAUCCCUACCACCCCACUACCCUUACCACCCCACUACCCCUACCACCCCACUACCC